AUCUCCACCAAUGGCUGAGCUCGUAAGAAUGACGUUGCUAUCGCGAGGAUAUCACGUUAGCUUGGCUUGUUAGCCAGCCGCGGAAAAGCCUCAUUGGGAGCCUGUAGUUUCCAAAAUCCUUCUUCCUGGAGAACCAAUAGGUCUUCUUCCUAUAAUUUUACAUUAUCUUCACGUCGACAAGGAAAUAAAUAAACCCUGGACCUACCGUUUGGACGGCUUCCAAUGAUGAGUUAUGCUGAAAAGCCUGAAGACAUCACAAAAGACGAGUGGAUGGAAAAAUUAAACAACGUGCACAUUCAGAGGGCAGACAUGAAUCGUCUCAUUAUGAACUACCUGGUGACAGAGGGGUUUAAAGAGGCAGCAGAGAAGUUUCGGAUGGAGUCUGGAAUCGAGCCGAGUGUGGACCUGGACUCUCUCGAUGAAAGGAUAAAGAUCCGAGAGAUGAUUUUGAAGGGACAGAUCCAGGAAGCUAUAUCACUCAUCAACAGCCUACACCCGGAGCUGCUCGACACCAACCGAUACUUGUAUUUUCAUCUGCAGCAGCAACAUUUGAUUGAGCUCAUCAGACUAAGGGAGACGGAGUCAGCAUUGGAGUUUGCUCAGACACAGCUGGCCGAGCAGGGGGAGGAGAGUCGUGAGUGUCUCACAGAGAUGGAGAGAACGCUUGCCCUUUUGGCCUUUGAUAACCCGGAAGAGUCGCCCUUUGGAGACCUGCUCAACAUGAUGCAGCGGCAAAAGGUGUGGAGUGAGGUCAACCAAGCUGUGCUGGACCAUGAAAAUAGGGAGUCCACUCCCAAACUAGCUAAACUCCUCAAGUUACUGCUGUGGGCACAGAACGAGCUGGACCAGAAGAAGGUGAAAUAUCCUAAAAUGACUGAUCUGAGUACGGGAACCAUCGAGGACCCCAAGUGAACAAAAAAAAAAGAAAGGCCUCUUAGAUUAUAAUCAGAAUGUGUGACAACCAUAGCAUUGUUGCACCUGGUUAGUGGGUUAAACCGGGAUUCUUUAUUUAUUUUGGUUAAACUUAGUCAUGACUGUUGCACGUAAUGAGCGUCAUGUAUGUUGCCAUGGAGAUAUGUUUUGUGAACAGUUAAUUCAUACUGUAUGUUCAUGCAACUAGUGUUAUUUUAACAGUAUUCCCUUUAUUAUUUCAUGUGUAGCAAUACAGUUACUGAUUAUUUUUUAUUCCUGUUAAAUACAAACAUGGAAUAACACUCCUGCCCCCCAAACCUAUACCUCUUAUCACUGUUUGGUCUACAUUGUAACAUUUGUGCUACCGUUUUUGUGCAACCCAGUCACAACUACAUUCAGCCAUAAUAACUAAAACUGGCUUAAAUCGCUAUCUCGAACGACAGCUUAUUAUUAAUAAAUACAUGCAAUGUUUUAUUUCAUUUGUUGUGAAGGAGAGAUUAGUAUUUAUUUGAUUUCACAGACUGUAAAUCUUUGCAUUUUCAAAGUAUCAUUUAAAUACCCCACCUGGAUUUUAGGGGAGUUGUUGGUCAGCAAAUACAAAUUUUGUAUAUUUUUGUUCCUUGAAAGCCUUGAGUGUGUAUUAUUUAUUGUGACAGUUGUGCCCACAUGACAUUAGCUUGCUUGAAAGCAAGUUGAUUGUACAAGAGUGAUACUGUGAUGAGUACAACUGUGAAAGAUUAAAUGGGUGAAAUUCUUUUUUAAAGUCAAUACACAUUUAGAUUGAACCCUUUUGUGUAAAUUUACAAUUUAACAAUAUAUAAAUUACUUAAAACCGAACAUACCUAAUCGGUAAAAAUAAAAUGCUUCAACUUUUUUCUUUUUAAUGUAAUCAAAAGAGUUGCAAAGGAAUAUUUUAAUCUAGCGUUGUCUGACUUUUGGUCCAACAGUUGUUUCACUUUGACCGCAUGCAAGUGUCUAAUUUACCGCAGGAGGGGCACUUUACUUCUAGAAUCAAACCAACCUUGCUGCUAGUUGUCCAUCUUUAAGUUCUUUAAAAGUUGUGUUGUCUUUCUAUUGACUUGCACUGGCAUAUUGAGACAUGGAGUGCUCACGUCCCUUUUUAUUAUUCAACAUUUAUAAGAUCAAUUUGCAAAUAUUAAAAUAAACAAAACUUUUGUGAAAGAUUU